GGAGAAGGGACCCCGGUCUGCCCUCCGGAGCAGAUGUACCGCACUACCGACUGAUGCUAGUCCUGGGGCCCAACGCCUCACCCCGACUGGCUGACAGUUUCUGAAGCUUGUAGUCCCGAAUGAGACACCUGCGUCCAAGACCUAUGACGAUGUAUGAAGUAAGUGCCCAAGCUGUCCCUCACCUCUGCGGCCACUUUCUCCUCCAGACCAAACCCAUGCCGGCAUGUACAGUGUGUAUGGGCAUUGGCGCUGGACUGGCCUAGACAAGCAGGCAAGCAGGCACGGUGAUGCAGGUUCCUUGAUUGUUGUCAGUCACAGCGUAGGCGUUGCAAGGGUGGUCACAGAGAGGAGUGAGAGAAGGACCAGCCACGGGGCUUGCUUUGCUUGCUGGAUCGGGAUCGUAAUUGUAUGAUCUACCAUCGCAAAGGAGUUUCGAAGAUGCAGCUUCUCGAUGUGUCUUUUGAUUCUAUAUAACCUCCAGAACCUCUCCUCCUCAGUCUUGUCUUUUCUUCUCUUCUCUCCUCAUCAUAACACAAGAUACCCCAAAACAACCAACUCUCACAACCAACUUACAAACAACCACCUCUUUCAUAACCCAUAUUUGAUUUCAUUUUGAUACCCCAAAUCAUCAGAUAGCCCAAUAUGUCUUCCAUUGUCAACAAGGUCAAGGACGCUCUGUCUUCGGACAAGAAGCACGAGCAGCCCGAGGGAACCCACGGUCACCAUGACAGCCGCGCAGCAAACGCUGCCGACCCCCGCAUCGACUCUGACCGUGACCACCGCGCCAACCCCGCUGGCACCACCGGCACUCACACCGGAACCCACACCGGCACCUCCGGCCUCACCGGUACCACUGGUACCCACACCACCGGCACCCACGGCACACACACUGGCACCACCGGUGGCCUCACCGGCUCCAACGUGACGGGCACCCACACCGGCCACACCGGCGUUGGCGGAUACGAUGGCCCUGCCCCCACCACUGCUGGCCCUCACAAGUCAGACGCCCUGAACAAGGCCGAUCCCCGCGUCGACUCUGACCACUCCAAGGACCACCACAACACUCACACCACCGGCGGCCUGACCGGCAACCCCGCUGGCGCCGGCCACCACACCACCGGUGCUCAUGCCGGUACCCACGGCACCCACACCGGCACCACCGGCGGCCUUACUGGCUCCAACACCGUCACCGGCUACGAUGACCCCACCGGCACUCACGGCACCCACAACUCUCGCGUCGCCAACGCCGCCGACCCUCGCAUCGACUCUGACCGUGAUCACCGCGGCGCCCCCGGCCACACUGGCAUCGGCGGCGCUGGUGUUGGUGGUGUCGGCAGCACUGGCACCCACACUGGAACUCACACCGGAACUCACACCGGAACUCACACCGGCACCUCCGGUCUGACCGGCACCCACGGUACUACGGGUACCCACGGCACCCACGGCACCCACACCGGCACCACCGGCGGUCUGACCGGCUCCAACACCGUCACCGGCUACGAUGACCCCACCGGCACUCACGGCACCCACAACUCUCGCGUCGCCAACGCCGCCGACCCUCGCAUCGACUCUGACCGCGACCACCGCGGCGCCCCCGGCCACACUGGUGUCGGCACUGGUGUUGGCUCUACCGGCACCCACACCGGCACUCACACCACCGGCACCCACACUGGUGCUCACACCGGUGCCCACACUGGCGUCGGCCACACCGGCGUCGGCGCCAACACCCACAGCGCCACCACCGGUCCCGCCCCGGGCACCGCCGGCCCCCACAAGAGCGACUUCCUGAACAAGGCCGACCCCAGAGUCGACUCCGAUCUCGAUGGCAGCAAGACCAUCGGUGGCAACAAGACUGGAACUUCUGGAACGACUGGUCACGCUAAGGAUCCUACCGACGCUGCUCAAGUUCCUCCCUCCGUGCUUGCUAAGCACAUUGGUGAGCCUGAGACUGCGCACGGUGGUGUCCACGGAGACCAUGGAAGACGGAACUCGAUUCCUUCCCACCAGGAGUCUCACCGCGGAUUGUAA